UAUUGAAACAACUUUCAGAUAUAGACACCUGAGUUUUUCUUUUUUAAGUGUCAGGGUUGGCAAAUUGCUUAGUGAAAAGACUUGAAAACUCACAACAGCCUCAAAGGACACAGUGUGUGGUGGCUAGAUGAUAAUUUAACUGGGAAAUGACUAGGGAAGCAGUUCUUUGAAUUCUCACUGCCAUUGUGAUUUCCUUCCUAAAUUCAAUUGCUAAUAGAGCUCUCCCCCUUCUCCAAGAGACACCCCUCCCCCCCAAAAGCUGACAGCUUUUUUGGGAAGAAGAGGGAGAAACCGAAGUUGUUUGUCCUUCCUCAUGGGGCAGAAGGACUUUAUGCUGCUUAGCUGGCAUUCCGAGUAAUUUGAUAAAAGUUACUUCUCUAAGCUCUAGGAACAACAUGGGGAAAAAUAAUGCUAUCUCUUGUGUUAGUUACAAUCUGGGGAGAUUUCAUCGUGAGAAAUAUUUGAGGAGUCAGGAGGAGCUGAGAAUGUGGCAGAGGGACUGGGUCGUUUAAACUGCCAGAAAAAUAAAUAUGGGAAAGAUGGGGUAAGUUGUUAGGUUUAUGAAUUAUAAAACUUUCCUGGUUUUAAAAAAAAGUUGGGAGGUUGACUGCAUUGAAUAACUACAUUGUAAACCUUAGAAGCUUCAAGCUGGUUGAAAUCCUGCUGCAGCUCUGUUUCAUUUUGAUCGGGUAAAAAGACAUUUGGUUUCUUUUUUAAAACUCCUGUUUUUUGAGGGAAGGAAAACGAGCAUGCGUUGGUAUUGGCUGCAGCAACACAAGAAAGCCUCACGAUGCAUCCGAAACCACAUGAAAGUGGCUGUGUGUUAGGGGAGGGCCCGAUAAGGGGGUGGGGAGAAUCAGGGUGAUGCUUCAGCCUCUUCAGCUCGGCACUGCGAUUUGUGAACAGACUGUGAUGAAAUCAAGCCCCGGACAAAUCAGAGGAGCCUGUCAACCUCCCAGGUGGGAUUACUUGUAGUUAAUAGUCUGAACUCAGCGCCCCAAAGCAGUGCAUUCAGUGUAAGGAAGGAGAACACACUGCAAAAGACUUUCCAAGAAUCCUCUGAGAUGGCCAGGAGAAGCUCUUUCCUGUCGCCUCAGGUGAUAUCCCUGUUCACUUUUGCCAUUGGAGUCAAUAUCUGCUUAGGGUACACAGUAAAUAGAGCUAAGAGAGCGGAAGGAUGGGAUGAAGGCCCUCCUCCAGUGUUAUCAGACUCCCCCUAUGUCAGCACCUCCGGAUCUUGCAAGGGCAGAUGCUAUGAACUUCAAGAGCUUGAACCCCCUGAUUGUCGGUGUGACAACCUGUGUAAGAGCUACAGCAGUUGCUGCUAUGACUUUGAUGAGCAUUGUUUGAAGACAGCUCGUGGCUGGGAGUGUACUAAGGAUAGAUGUGGAGAAGGAAGAAAUGAAGAAAACGCCUGCCAUUGCUCGGAAGACUGCUUGGCCAAGGGAGACUGCUGUACCAAUUACCACGUGGUUUGCCGAGGAGAGUCACAUUGGGUAGAUGAUGACUGUGAGGAAAUAAAGGCCGCAGAAUGUCCUGUAGGGUUUGUUCGUCCUCCAUUGAUUAUCUUUUCUGUGGAUGGUUUCCGUGCAUCAUACAUGAAGAAAGGCAGCAAGGUCAUGCCUAACAUUGAAAAACUAAGGUCUUGUGGCACACAUUCUCCCUACAUGAGACCCGUGUACCCAACAAAAACCUUCCCUAACUUAUACACUUUGGCCACCGGGCUAUAUCCAGAAUCACAUGGAAUUGUUGGCAAUUCUAUGUACGACCCUGUAUUUGAUGCCAUUUUCCAUCUUCGAGGGCGAGAGAAAUUUAAUCACAGGUGGUGGGGAGGUCAACCGCUAUGGAUUACGGCCACUAAGCAAGGGGUGAAAGCUGGGACAUUCUUCUGGCCUAUUGUCAUCCCUCACGAGCGGAGGAUAUUAACCAUCCUGCAGUGGCUCACCCUGCCAGAUGACGAGAGGCCUUCAGUCUAUGCCUUCUAUUCUGAACAACCUGAUGUCUCCGGACACAGACAUGGCCCUUUUGGCUCUGAGGAGAGUAGUUAUGACUCAUCUCUUACUCCGGCUAAGAGACCUAAGAGGAAAGUUGCCCCUAAGAGGAGACAGGAAAGACCAGUUGCUCCUCCAAAGAAAAGAAGAAGAAAAUUACAUAGGAUGGAUCAUUAUGCUGCGGAAGCUCGUCAGGACAAAAUGGUAAAUUCUCUGAGGGAUAUUGACAAACUCGUGGGGCAAUUAAUGGAUGGACUGAAACAAUUAAAGCUGCAUCGCUGUGUCAACGUCAUCUUUGUUGGAGAUCACGGAAUGGAAGAUGUCACAUGUGAUAGAACUGAGUUCUUGAACGAGUACCUGACUAAUGUGGAAGAUAUUAUUUUAGUGCCUGGAUCUCUAGGAAGAAUUCGAUCCAGGUUUAGUAAUAAUCCUAAAUAUGACCCGAAAGCCAUCCUAGCUAACCUCACAUGUAAAAAACCAGAGCAGCACUUUAAGCCUUAUAUGAAACAACACCUUCCCAAGCGUUUGCACUAUGCCAACAACAGAAGAAUUGAAGACAUCCAUUUAUUGGUGGACCGAAGAUGGCAUAUCGCAAGGAAACCUGUGGAUGUUUAUAAGAAACCAUCGGGAAAAUGUUUUUUCCAAGGAGACCAUGGAUUUGAUAACAAGAUCAAUAGCAUGCAGACUGUCUUUUUAGGUUACGGCCCAACAUUUAAGUAUAAGACUAAAGUACCUCCAUUUGAAAACAUAGAACUUUACAAUGUUAUGUGUGAUCUCCUCGGAUUGAAGCCAGCUCCUAAUAAUGGGACCCAUGGAAGUUUGAAUCAUCUCCUGCGUACUAAUAUCUUCAGGCCAACCAUGCCAGAGGAAGUUACCCGACCCAAUUAUCCAGGUGUUACAUAUCUUCAGUCUGAUUUUGACCUGGGCUGCAGCUGUGAUGAUAAGAGCAAAUUGGAUGAACUCAACAAACGCCUUAACAUAAAAGGGUCUACGGAAGCUGAAACCAGGAAAUUCAGAGGCAGCAAAAAUGAAAACAAAGAAAACGUUAAUGGAAAUUUUGAGCCUAGAAAAGAGCGGCACCUCCUCUAUGGACGACCUGCAGUGCUUUAUCGGACUAGAUAUGAUAUCUUGGGUCAUACUGACUUCGAAAGUGGUUAUAGUGAAAUAUUCCUGAUGCCACUCUGGACAUCAUACACUGUUUCCAAACAGGCUGAGGUCUCUGUGAUCCCUGAGCACUUGACCAGCUGUGUCCGGCCUGAUGUCCGUGUUUCUCCGAGUUUCAGUCAGAAUUGUUUGGCCUACAAAAAUGAUAAACAGAUGUCCUAUGGAUUCCUGUUUCCUCCUUAUCUGAGCUCUUCACCAGAAGCUAAAUAUGAUGCAUUCCUUGUAACCAAUAUGGUUCCCAUGUAUCCUGCUUUCAAACGUGUCUGGAAUUAUUUCCAAAGGGUACUGGUGAAGAAAUAUGCUUCAGAAAGAAAUGGAGUUAAUGUGAUAAGUGGACCAAUUUUUGACUAUGACUACGAUGGUUUACAUGACACACAGGACAAAAUCAAACAGUAUGUGGAAGGCAGUUCUAUUCCCGUUCCAACUCACUACUACAGUAUUGUCACCAGCUGCCUGGAUUUCACCCAGCCUGCCGACAAGUGUGAUGGUCCCCUCUCUGUUUCCUCAUUCAUCCUUCCUCACCGACCUGACAAUGAGGAGAGUUGCAAUAACUCAGAGGAUGAGUCGAAAUGGGUUGAAGAACUCAUAAAAAUGCACACAGCUCGGGUGCGGGACAUUGAACAUCUUACCAGUCUUGAUUUCUUCCGAAAGACCAGCCGCAGUUAUCCAGAAAUUCUGUCACUGAAGACAUACAUGCAUACAUAUGAAAGCGAGAUUUAACUUUCUGAUCAUCUGUAGUGCAGUCUUAUCAACUGGUGUAUAUUUUUAUAUUUUUUUGUAUUUAUUAAUUUGAAACUGGGACAUUACAAAAAAGUUAGUAUUUUAAUCCCGCUCCCAAAUCUGACAUAUUACGCCUGAAUAACUCCACUGUUUUUUCUCUAAUGCUUGAUUUAGUAGUCUUGUGUUCUGCAUAGAGCUUGUGAUAAAUACUGCAGCUUGCAUUUUUAGUGGCCGCUUCUAAACGGUGCUGCAGAUUUGAUAGUCACAUUGAGGAAAUAUUAAUUUUCCAGUGCACAGUUGCCACAUUUAGCCCUGUACUCUAUCGAGAUACUGAUUUGUAAAGUUGCAUUCAUUUACUGUUAACUAUGACAGACAUAUUUAAACCUUAUAGACCAAUCUUCAAUAUAAUAAAUCACACAUUCA